CCAUUGAACCCAAGAUGAGGCUCUGGAAAAGGGCUUCCGAGACCUUGAAGGACUGGAACAGCGUUUGUAUCGCCUCCCUAUCAAAGCGAACGGACCUCCGGAUCCCGGACUUUGAUGCUGCGGUGAUCAAGGCCACCAGCCACGACGAGUCCUACAUUGAUUAUCGGAAUGCCCAGAGAGUCUUCACAUGGGUACGAACAUCUCCAAACAAUCUUAGACCGGUCGUGUGGUCCAUCACCGUUCGUAUCGAAAAGACUCGGAGUUGGGUGGUUGCCCUAAAGGGUUUGAUGCUCAUGCAUGGUGUUUUUUGUUGUAGAAUUCCAGAUAUACAAAAGAUCGGACGCUUGCCAUUCAACCUAUCAAGCUUCACGGACGGACACUUGAACCCCGCGAAAGCAUGGGGUUACAAUGUGUUCGUUCGCGCUUACUAUGCCUUUCUUGAUCAGAAAUCCUCCUUGUUGUUCAUGGAAAUGCAGGAACGUAUUGUGCGAAUCAAAGAAAAAACCCAAGAGCAACAACCCAUAAUGAGGGAGCUUGUGAAGCUGCAAAAAAUGCAGGGUUUGCUUGAUAUGUUGCUUCAGGUAAAGCCCGAGGCGGAUGGAAUGAAUUUAGGUCUUAUUCUUGAAGCCAUGGACUGCAUUGUCAUUGAGGUUUUUGACAUUUAUAGCAGGAUAUGUAAUGGGAUUGCUAGGGUUUUAUUGAAGGUUUGCUCGGCUGGAAAGGCUGAAGCCACUAUGGCACUUGAGGUCUUGCACAAAGCAACCAUGCAGGGUGAUGAACUCUCUUUGUACUUCGAGUUUUGUCGAGAGAAUGGCGUGCUCAGUGCAUCCGAAUGUCCAAAAGUUGAUCGAGUACCUGAAGAAGAUAUUCGAGAACUCGAGCGGAUAAUUAAUGGAUCAGUUUCGAUGAAAAGCUGCAGUGAGGGUAAGUUGGUACCAGAAGAUCAGGAAAAAACCGAGGCUGCUGUGAGAGAGAGUAAUAUUCAUGACCAGAGUGUACUCAAUGAAGGGAAGGACUCAAAGGGUGUUUUACAGACAAUAAUCACAGAUAAAUGGGAGGUAUUUGAUGAAGAUUUGAUAAAGAUCAAUGGAUCAACCAGUUCUUCUGAUACCGAGAAACCGAAAGUAAAGGAAGACCCUUUUGCAGCAUCUUUGUCUCUUCCACUCCUUCAUAUGCAGAAUAAGAAAGAUAACUCCCCAGAUCUAAUUAGUUUUUUCUAGUAGUUGGAAAUGGUUUGGGA